AUGCUUGAAAUAGCGGAUUCUAAGCCUACCUCAACUCAUCUCGAGUCGGAUCCGGAACUCCAAUUGCAGGAUAUUUCCUUUGAUGGCUUGUCAGACGCGGGGACUAGUGCCCUGGAAAAGUGCCUCGUGUGCAAGAUUGAUCUCCAUCUCAUCAGUUCUCUGUUUUUGCUGUUUAUUUUCAACAUCUUGGACCGGUCGAAUAUUGCCAAUGCCCGUCUGGGCGGGUUGCAAGAGGACCUGAAACUCUCAGACUCUCAGUAUCAAACUGCAGUAGCAAUCAUGUUUGUGGGAUAUCUUCUGGGCCAAGUUCCCAGUAACAUCCUCUUGACCCGUGUGAAACCGUCCACUUAUAUCCCAACUGCGAUCUUUGUGUGGGGUGGGCUGUCGAUGUGCAUGGCAGCGACCAAGAACUAUGGAGGUAUCGUUUGUGUGCGCAUUCUCCUUGGGUUCGCGGAAUCGCCGUUCUUUCCAGGGGCCUUACUCCUGAUCAGUUCCUGGUACAAACCGUCAGAAAUCGCAGUCCGAGUAGCAAUCGUAUACUGUGGGAACACAGUUGCUAAUGGUUUCGGCGGCAUUCUCGCCGCAGGCAUCCUGAGUGGACUGGACGGCAAAGGGGGCCUGGAAGGCUGGAGGUAG